AGUUUGGGUUGAGUUCAAACAUGAAUGAUAAUAAUGUGACCAGCACUAGUGGAAGCACAACAGCCAGACAAGACACCGACAGUCUCAGUACAAGCUUCAGCACACAGCUCAUCGGACAUGAGGUUGAAUCAUCACUGAGUGGUCUGGAAACUGCUACAACUAACCUUGACCUUUCUGAGUCAAAUGAAAAUGAUCGUGUAGCCUGCAUACUCUCAAAGGUGAAAGAAACUGCAUCAGAGACCAGAAAGUUGCUGUUGGAGCAAGCAAUGACCACCAUUGUUGAGGCACACUUGACUACAACUAUAAACACGCAUGCAAAUGUUCUUGAAGCUAACAAGAAAAUUCAGCAGAAAAUUCAGGAAAUGCCUGAGGCAUAUGCUCUGUCGCUGAACAGCAACAACUUGUGGCAGCAGUUUAUGUCAGCCAUGUUGCCCGAGAUCACCAAGGUGAUUGAAUUCUGCACAAAACUGCCAGGUUUCCCAGAACUGAGACAAGCAGACAAGAUUGUGCUAAUUAAACAAGGCUGCUUCGAAGUUAUGGUGACCCGUUUCUGUUUGCUUGUAGAUCCCGACAAGGAGGAGAUGCUGGAUCCAACGCUUCAGAUCAAGGCUCCAAGGCAUGUUGUCCGUGACACACCGAUGGGAGAUUUUCUGGACCAGUUUUUCACAGUAGCCAGCCAGUUCAACCCUUUAGCUCUCACAGACGAAGAGAUUGGUCUCUUUACUGCUGUGCUUAUGACCUACCCAGAUCGAGAAGGAUUGAUGAAUCGAACUACAAUUUCUGUAAUCCAUCAACUGUUUCUCCAGGCACUGUAUUUGCUGCUCAGAAAAAACCACCAAGAUGCUGAUGAGAUCUUGCGCAGUCUAAUUAAUAUCAUGCCUGUUGUUCGGAAAAUCAGUGAGAAUCAUCUGGAGUUUCUACAGAAGAUCAAACUGAACUCUCCCUCUGAGUUUGACAAGAAGUUUCCAACUUUGCACAGAGAACUCUUUGACAUUGCAUGCUAA